GGAAAUUGCGGAGUGGAUUCAGAAGAAAGGAGCGGAGGAGGAGAAAAAGGAGGAAAGGAAGGCAGAGAAGGGGAGCAUUUGCACCAAGCAGCAGAGACUGCAAAGGAGAGGAAACGGUGCGAGGCAGACAGGAAGAGGCAGGCGGUCUUUGCAAGGCUUGGGUCCAUCCCAGGCAUGGCUUUUGCAAGAGGCUAAAACCCUUCUGCACGCAUUCCUGGGCUCCUGGCCGCUUUCUUCCACCCAUUCCCACGAUCGGGAAAGCUACACGUGUUUGGGAAGGCUUCUCCUGAAAAGCCGGCCACAAUGUCACCUGAAGAAAUCAUCUACCUGUCUGUGCUUCUCGUCUCCAUUCCAGUUGGUUUCCUCUUCAAAAAAGGGGGACUAAAGACCAAGCAAUUUGGAGGGGCAGCUGCAGGGUUAUUGCUGACUAUAGCCACCUGCCACAUCCACACCCUUCACUCGCUCAUCACCAUCCUGGGGACGUGGCUUAUUAUCAACAUCUCGCCAAGGGCCUGCCACUACCUGACCCUCGGAUGGACCUUUUCCUACCUGCUCUUUUUCCGCACGGUGACCUUCUUCGACUUCCCAGAGCCGACACCUUUCACCAAUGCUGUGCAACUUUUGCUCACUCUCAAGAUGGUGAGCUUGGCCAAUGAGGUGCAAGAAUUCACCCAGGCAAAGAAGCAAGAAGUGACGUCAUUUUCCAAGUCUUCUGUGAUUGGCGUGAUUCCCAAAAUGCCCGGAUUGGUAGAGAUCCUGUGCUACAGUUAUUGCUACGUGGGGCUCAUGACAGGUCCGUUUUUCCGCUACCGGACUCAUUACGAUUGGCUCAACCAGCCUGAUUCCUCUGCCAUCCCAAGCUGGCAACCACUGCUUUCCAGGGCAAAAUUUAUCCCAGUUUUUGGGGCCUUUUUCCUGGCGGUCUCCCACUUCUUCCCUCUUAGUUAUGUCCGGAGCGAUGACUUCUACAAACGAGCGCUUCCUUUCCGCCUCUUCUACAUGGUGCCCAUCUUCUUCGUCUUCCGCAUGCGCUUCUACGUGGCCUGGCUGUGCGCCGAAUGCGCCUGCAUUGCUGCUGCCUUCGGGGCUUACCCAACUGCUGCCAAAGCGCGUUCAGGCGGGGGCCCCACUCUGGAAUAUGAACCACUUAGCAAAUCAGCUGACGGGGAAGCAUCAGAAGUCACCUAUGAUUAUGAAACAAUCAAGAACAUUGAUCCACAUGGCACAGACUUCUGCGUCAAGGUGAAGGACGGCAUGCGCUAUUGGAACAUGAGUGUCCAAUGGUGGCUGGCACAGUACAUCUACAAAAGUGCCCCUGUCCGAUCUUAUGUCAUGAGGAGCGCGUGGACCAUGCUUAUCUCGGCCUACUGGCAUGGGAUCCACCCCGGCUAUUACCUCAGCUUCCUUACCAUCCCGCUGUGCCUCGCAGCAGAGGGGGCCAUGGAGAGUGGGCUUCUAAAACACCUCUCCACUUCUCAGCGCCUCUUUGGAGACUGGGUGCAGUGGUUCCUGAAGAUGAGGGCCUACGACUACAUGUGCAUGGGUUUUGUGCUGCUCACCUUUGAGGACACCGUCCGGUACUGGAGCUCCAUCUACUUUUGCAUCCAUGGAGCGGCCCUGGCAUUCUUCCUGCUGGGGAAAGUGUUGGGCUCCAGGAGGCAGCAGGCUUCCCAGAAAGACAAAGACGGAGCCGUGGAGAGACCACAACACAUUGAGUGACCAAUCUGAUACAAAGAUGAUGCAAACACUCCCAAAGGCCCUGGGGAUCAGGGGAGCAUUCAGUAUAAGACUGCCAUUGCUAAGUUUCACCAAUAGCUGGAAAAUCCAAGAAAGGCAAACUGGAACUGAGUCUCCACACUCCAACUUUGCUCCCAUAAAACGCUCCUGACAUAAGUUGCCGUCUGUGAGAACUCACUAGAAACUAGUGAAUCCUAAGGAGGAUAAAUCCAUCUAUUUCUUCA